CCUCGCCUCCGCUCUCUUCCCAUACACAAUCAUAGUCGACCUGAUCAUUCGUCAUUCGUUCUCAUCCUGCAAUCCGUAUCAUCUUGUAAUAAGUUUUCUCUCCCUUCCGUUCGUUGGCCGGCUCCAACUUCAUAUGACAACCCUGCGCUUCAACCUCGACAUGCAAUGAGUGAUUUCUGCCAUGGUCAACAAAGCUGAUGAACGAUACGGAGUGGUGCUGGACGCUGGUUCGUCCGGUACCAGAGUGUACAUCUACAGUUGGCUCCCGAAUUCACUCGCUAGACUUGACAAGUCUUCACUACAAUCCCUCCCCGAGUUGGAAACAAAAGACAAAUGGACCAAGAAAGUCCAUCCGGGAGUUUCGACAUUUGGUGCAAACCCAGAUUCAGUCGGGCCGGAUCACCUCAGACCGCUUUUACAACAUGCCCUCCAUUAUAUCCCUAAAGAAGCAGUCCCUGAAACCCCCAUAUUCCUACUCGCAACCGCUGGCAUGCGCCUUCUUCCUGAACAACAGCAAAAGGACGUCUUGCGCAAUAUCUGCUCGUAUAUUCGAUCCGAGACCGAAUUUUCCCUACCCGACUGCGAUGUACAUAUACAAGUAAUACCUGGCGAGACCGAAGGGCUGUAUGGCUGGAUUGCUGCAAAUUAUCUGUUAGGAGGAUUUAAUUCACCACAAGACCACGACCACGGCAAAGGACAUCAUACAUAUGGCUUUUUGGAUAUGGGUGGUGCAUCUGCACAGAUCGCUUUCGCACCAAACGCAACAGAAGCGGAAAAACACGCAAAUGACCUGACACUGCUGAGACUUCGAACGAUAGACGGCCUACCGCAAGAAUACAAAGUCUUCGUUACAACAUGGCUCGGUUUCGGUGCCAACGAGGCUCGGCGACGCUAUGUCCAAGACCUCGAAGAAUCAUACGGGAUUGACGGCCUCCUCGAGAUGCCAGACCCAUGUCUGCCCAAGGGCCUGAAACUAACAGAGGAUGGCGAAAUCCUGUCUUCAGCCGACGAACCUCACCCGAACCGCUUUCUUCUUGGAACAGGGAAAUUUGACGAAUGCAUGCGCCGGACGUUCCCCCUUCUCGAAAAGGACAUCCCUUGCCCCGAUGAACCCUGCCUGAUCCACGGCGUCCACGUGCCCGCCAUUGACUUCGAAGUCAACCACUUCAUCGGCAUAAGCGAGUACUGGCACACGACGCACGAGAUCUUCGAAAUGUCCCACAAGGACAAAGCAUACGACUUCAACACAUAUCAAACCCGUGUCAAGGAAUUUUGCGAACAGGACUGGUCGACCAUCCAGAAAGGUGUGGCAGAUAAGACCUGGGGCAAGAAAGUGGACGAACAGACAGCGCUCGAAGUCUGUUUCAAAGCGAGCUGGUUGAUCAACAUGCUUCAUGAUGGUAUUGGCAUUCCGCGCGUCGGUAUUGAAGACACGGACACGUCCUCGCACAAUGGGACGAAAGAACUUCUCGAGAGCAGCAAAGAGAAGGGAUUCCUUGACCCUUUUCAGGCUGUGAAUAAAAUCAAGUCAACCGAAGUAAGCUGGACGAUGGGCAAAAUGGUCCUCUACGCGUCCGCAGAUAUCCCCCCGGCGCAUCAAGACGACUUGCCCGUUGGCUUCGGCAGCAACGUUCCCGGCGUGCCCGAAGACUUCCAGUAUCCGAGCGGUGGCAAGCUGCAAAGCAUCGACGUCCCUGAUUCCCACCAUCCUGCAACAGAAAGCCAGAGCAUAACAGACCAAAUUCACGACACGCUCUUCCAUUCCGAUGCCCCGCACCGCUUGCCGGGCUUUAUAUUCUUCCUUCUCAUCCUUAUAAUCGCAGCCUUCUACCUCUGCGGACGGGACAGGCGGUCAAGGAUAUACAAUUCGCUCAAGUCAUCGUCUUCCUCUCCCUCGACAUCGAAGUCCUCGAAACCUCCAUCCUCCUCCUCCUUCUUGGGUUCUCUCCUCGGCCGCACCCGACACAGCGACCGGGACCGCGACCUCGAAGACGGCACAAGCUCGUCAACGCGCCUCUACGACCCCGCUGAGUUUGAACUGGGGAACCUCUCAGCCUCUAGCUCGGACGAUGAUCUUGUCUCGCAUACUCCCCGUCCAGGAUCUCGGUCCGGUAUGAACAUAAACAACUUAUCAAUGUCCCCGCCGAGUAGUCGACGCCAUCUGAACAGGUUACGAGCUGACAUCAUAGACCGAAGAGGUCUGGUUGUCAGGACCGAGAGUUGCGAACGGCUUGGAGUCGAUACUACCGGUGUUGGUGGUGCGAAUGGGCGAUCCAAGAGUAGGAGUGGGAGUCCGACGCGGCUCAAAUGAGACCUUGUUCAUAGACUGUUGGAAUGAAUCGAGUUCCACGACUCAUUGUGUUGUGUUGAAUGAUAUACUUUAUGAUGUUAGAAUGAAUUUUAUAGGAAGAUGAUCAGAUUAAAA